UAGAUAGGUAUUUAUUUAUAUGUUGACGACUUGACGGAAGGUAUUUAUUUCUGGAAAGCAAAGAAUAAAAUUGAAAAAAAAAAAUUGUGGUUGCAACAGAAUGGACCUACAUUGUGAGAUUCAGAAUCUACGAAUAUGAACGAAAUACAAAUACAAACUAUCCACCGUUAAUCAACUCAACUUCAAAAUUCAUAGAUACCGUUAAUUUCCCACUGAAAUGUUAGUUUCUCCAUUUUUCUCUUACUUCACGUCUUUAACAACCAAAAUCCCUUAUUCCCAAAUUCCUAAAUCUCUAAUUUCAAUCAAAUCCCCCAAUUUCCGUAAUCAAAUUCAAAGAUUAUCUUCGAGCUUGGAUUUUUGGAUGAAAUUAUGAGCCAUUUGAGGUCAAUUUGCCGACCAAAUGCUGUGGUUUCUUCCUUUGUAUGUUGUUGCAGAAUUAGGGUUCAUAUUUUUGGCGCCAAAUCAUCAUCUAGGGUUCCUUUUUCAAAACCUAGUUUAAGCUCGUUUCCUUCUCUUUCCUCCGAUUCGUCGGACUUUUAUCGGAGUGAGCCAUGGUUGCGUUUGAAUCAUCGGAGAUAUGUUGCUCGUGCUUCCAAUUGGACCGGCGAGAAAUCUCCCUACGAUGUUCUUGAGCUAGAGAGGGAUGCAGAUGAAGACCAAGUAAAAGUUGCUUAUAGGCGCCUCGCCAAAUAUUAUCAUCCUGAUGGAGUAAUUGGACCCACUUGGAAUGGAUUAGAGACACGAUGUUAUUCAAAUGUUGAUUUUAUUUUCUACUGUCAAAUUUCGGCAAAGGUCUAUGAUGGUAGAGGCAAUCUUGAGGAAGGUGAAACAGCUGAAACCCGAUUUAUUAAAAUUCAAGCAGCUUAUGAGCUGCUUGUCGAUGGAGAGAAGAGGAGAAAUUAUGACAUGGAAAAUCGAGUGAACCCUAUGAAGGCAUCUGAAGCGUGGAUGGAGUGGCUCAUAAAAAAGCGAAAGGCAUUUGACCAGCGGGGUGAUAUGGCAAUUGCAGCAUGGGCUGAGCAGCAGCAGCGUGAAAUGAACUUGAGAGCACGUCAACGUGCUCGAUCAAAGGUCGAUCCUGAAGAAGAGAAGAGGAUCCUGGCAAAGGAAAAGAAGGCAUCUGUAGAAAACUUUCAGACAACUCUCAGGAGGCAUACACUUGUUUUGAAGAAGCGAGACUUGAUGCGCCGAAAGAAAGCCGAGGAGGAAAAGCAAAAAGAGAUUCGCCGUCUGUUAGCCGCAGAGGGAUUUGAAUUGGAGGAUGAGUAGGUAACUAGGUACAUGUUUGUAUGCAGUUUGUGUUCUUGUAGGUAUUCAACUUAUUAUGUAUACGUCUUCAUUUAUUGGCAUAGUUGAUAGUUCUUGUA